AUGUCGAGCAGUGAAGGCGGAGAUAAUAGAGCGGUUGUGGGUGAUGUCAGGAUAAAGACCAAAACUGGAGAGACAUUCAUCGCUGCUUCACAACGUCCAGACGGAACAUGGAGGAAGGCAAGGCGUGUGAAAGCAGGUUACAUACCGCAAGAAGAACAACCACGGUAUGAAAGUAGAGGGAUGCAACAAAGUAGGCAAUCAAGGUAUCCUGUUGGUUUCAAUCCAGUUGAAACUUCGCGAAAGCCAGUGAAAGCAGAAGUAUCAAGCGGACCAAAAAAACCGAUUGUAGCCAUUGAACGACCAAACGCACCAAUAACUCCAAAGGACCAUAUUGAGAAAAAAAUCAAUAAUUUGAAUAGGAAGCUUCAUGACAUUGAAAUAUUGAAGGAGAAGAUCUCAAAUGGGAAGCUCCCGAAUCCUGAGAAAACCCAGCUAGAGAAGAUUUCUCGACAGCAGGCAAUUGAGGAGGAAAUAGCAAAAUUGACGGAAGAGUUAGAGUUCUUGUGA